CGCAAGGGGGGGCGGGUCGGAAGCAGCUCGCUGGUUGUGUGUGCAGAGCAACUCGAGAGCAGUCAGUCACCUCCUCUGUGUAUGUGUGUGUAUAUGAAUGUGUGUGAGCGAACGAGCGAGCGAGAGAGAGAGAGAGAGAGAGAGAGAGAGAGAAGGGGGGGAGUGUAUAUGUGUGGCUGACCUCGCACUGAAUGGACUGGGAUUCUCAGCCACGUAAAGUAGUUAGUGCACCGCGGGAGAUGAUGCCUUGCUGAAAUAAGGGAUAGGCCUGGGAAAGUCGGCCAUCCCUUUUUCCUCUCCAGCAUCUCAAUCGUCGCUAGAUCCUGACCAUUCCGCAAGAGAUUUCGGAAUUAAUAAUAAAACAAAAAAAAAAAAAUCCGCCGCAGAAGGACAUCGACUCCCGAAGAGACACAGAGAAAGAGAGACAGAGACAGACAGAGAGAGAGAAUUUGCACAUAAAGGGCUUUGCGCUCCGCUCGCUUCCUUUAGCGUGUGCAGCAGAUGGCGAGCAGAGCUGCGUGGAAAUGAGCAGUGCAAGAAGGAGGCCGCUGAAUGGAAACGGAGCCCUUUCUCAGGAAAGCCGACACCACUGACCGGUUAGCACGUUAGCCGAGGCAUUUCUGCUAGCCAGCACUUGGGGCAUUUAACAGUGCUCUUUCUGAAUUUGGGGAAAUUCAGCAGCACCUCCAUCUUUUCUUCUAUUUUUUUCCUCCAUCUUUGCACUUGUGUGAAAAAGGCUCCUGCAGCUAAACCCACACAAUUCAUCCAGAAGUCUGUAUCAGAGCUCAGGCGUAGAAGUAAUCGCAGAGAACAGGGUAACUUUUUUUUUUUUGCAUCCGGAAUAUUAUAUUAAUAUUCGCAGAGCAAGAGCAAGCUUAUUGCAGCACAGGGUUUGAUUGCACGAUUGUCAGACCUGACUGAGACUGUGCAGCUGCUCACCGACUGCACGCGCUUCGGAUGUGUUGUGCGGUGAUUAGUGUAUAGCAGGGAAUAGCAAGUGAGUCAGAUCAAAGGUUUUUUUUUCUUUUUCUUUCUUUCUUUUUUUUUUUUUUUUUUUUUGAAAUGUGUUUCCUCUAGGCAUUCUUGUCCAGAUUUACUCAUCCGAGCCUGACCUCAAACCUCAAGCCUCGCACCUUGCUUUAGGAGAAACCUCAUCUAACACUCAUGAACAUACAGCGCUCAAAUCCCAUUAACAUUAACAUCAACAUCGCACGGUAUGGGAGAGCGAGGCACAAAGCGCACGAAUUGGAGGAGCUGUCUUGUCUACAACAGAGGACCCCGGAGCCGAAUCAGAGCUUUAGUCCUAAUCUAGGCUCCCCGAGUCCUCCGGAGAGCCCGGACUCCACUCACCGAGUGUCCUGUAUCGGGAAUUACCUCUUACUGGAGCCGCUGGAGGGAGACCGCGUGUUCCGGGCCGUGCACUUACACAGCGGGGAAGAGCUCGUGUGCAAGGUGUUCGAUAUCAGCCGAUAUCAAGAAUCAUUAGCUGCCUACUUUGUACUGGGUGCUCAUCAGAACAUCAACCAAAUAGUGGAGAUUCUCCUUGGAGACACGCGGGCGUACGUGUUCUUCGAGAGGAGCCAUGGAGACAUGCACUCGUUUGUCCGCACUUGCAAGAAGUUGCGGGAGGAAGAGGCUGCCAGACUCUUCUAUCAGAUAGUGUCCGCUGUGGCACACUGCCACGACAACGGCCUGGUUCUCAGAGACCUCAAGCUGAGGAAGUUCGUCUUUAAGAAUGAGGAAAGGAGCCUUGUUAAGUUGGAGAGUUUAGAAGAUACAUACCUCCUGAAGGGAAGCGAUGACUCUCUCUCAGACAAACAUGGCUGUCCGGCUUACGUAAGCCCGGAGAUCCUCAACGCCAGUGGCAGCUACUCGGGCAAAGCGGCAGACGUGUGGAGUCUGGGUGUCAUGCUGUACACCAUCCUUGUUGGCCGCUACCCUUUCCAUGAUGUGGAACCUGGAUCACUCUUCAGCAAGAUCCGCCGUGGCCACUUCAGCAUCCCCGAGACGCUGACGCCCAAGGCACGCUGCUUGAUCCGCAGCAUCUUGCGGCGAGAGCCAGCCGAACGGCUGACAUCACGUGAAAUCCUGGAGCAUCCCUGGUUUCUGGCAGCAACUGGCCAGGCUGGCACUGCCUAUGCCAGAGGAGAACGUGAAGCAGACCAGAUGGUGCCCGAGGCCAACAUGGAGGAAGAGCUGGAGCAGUUCCUCAGCUGAGCAGCACAAAAAAAAAAAAAAAAAAAAAAAAAAAAGACAUUUUGCCACGUGUUUUAGAUGACAGAAUGCACUCAUACACCGGUGUUUAUCUUUAUCUCCCAUUCCAUGGAGAAAACCUGGGAAGGUCUGGCUUGAUGGUGUGGAACACCUUCAGCAAGAGCUUCUGGGCAAAUGCAAAUGUUAAUGUUCAGUAAUGUAGCAAGACUUAUAACUAUCUUUAGGUUGAGUUUUCUUUUUUAUUUUCAGUGGUGCUCAUGGGGUGUACAAGUCAUAUUAAGCUACAAAAAAACAUGACGGCACAGGAGACCUCAGCCAAGGAGAACAACACCAACAUCAAGCAAACUGCAACCACUCCUGUUCUGAUUUAUCAAAGUAGACAACAUUGUCUACACCUAUUGAACUUUAAAAGCAUUUUGUUGGCUUUCGUUGGCUGCAUUUGCAUAUUUAUUCAUUAUGUUUUUUUUAAAAGUAUAUUACUUACACCAUUCUGCUCUUUCAUAGCCUUAUAGGCCAAUACUAUAAAACGUAUGUGGCGGCUAUCAGUAGAAUUACAAUAUAAGUUUGUAAAUUCUCCUUUUCAGGCUUGAUCCCCUUCCAACUGUGUAUUUGCGUUUCUCUCAUUUGUGUAAGACUGCAUUAACUCAGCUUUUUUGUGUUGCAUUAAGCUAUUCCUUCUAAAUUGUUAUUGCUGCUUAUUUCUCCUCUAGCCUGAACUGAACCUCUUGGAGCCUUGAGACGUGAGGGGCGCUUGGUCUGCCUAGGCCAAGUGAAUGGUCCAUUCCAUCUCUGUAGACUAGCAUCUAUUUAAUUUUAAUUUCAUUCUUCUGCUGAAAUGAAAGAGUUUUUAAUUUAAAGUAACAACUACUAUAUUUAAAUAUAUUUGCAGGAUUUUCUUUAUACCGUAGUUUCUGUUUCCACAAAUAUUGUAGGCAAUACUCUUGACACAGGACAGUUUUGAUGAUGGCAUUAAAGACUGUCCCAAGGUUUAGAAUAAACCAUCUAACUCAAGUGCCAGUAUUUGUGCCCCACACCACCAAUGCCGAUAACAUCCCUUCUCUUUUUACUUUUCAUUUAGCUUUUAACACCUUGUUAAAUGAUGUUACUACGACUACACUGUCUCCAGUACCUCAUGUUACUUUUCUACUGCCUGCCUAGGUUCUGUGAAAUGAUCAUGUUCUAAAUAGGUACAUGUGGACAUGUUUUGUGGUAUAUCAAUGUUACUUCAAAUUGUGAUCUCUAGUUAAUGGCAUGUACCCUUUUGAAUGCUAUAGCCUAGCAGGAGGGCUGGGGAAGUUGUUUUUCCCUUUCGUUUCGUAAAGUAAAUCUUUGCAAAUUCUAUUUUUUAACUGCUAGGAGUUUCAGUUGCCUCUGUAAAAGCAUUAGGUUUAUAAGUAUUUUAUUUUAUUUUUUUUUUUUUUUUUUUUUUUUUUUUUAAAUAUGCUUUCAGGUAGAAUGAAUUGCCCACAUUAGUUGGUGCUGAGUGAAGGACUUUUUUUUUUUUUUUUUUUUUUCUUUUCUUUUGAAGGGGUGGGGGGCAUGCAUGGUGGGAUAUCUGCCUCAGAUGCUCUGAUUGUAAUGUAACUGAUUUUGGUGUUUUGUCCAAAUUUAUUCAGUAAAUAAAAUGUGACCUGCACACUGAAAA